AUGCCAAAGAAAAAGACCAAACAGAAGAACCCCAGGGCCCCACCCGUCCCGCCCCAGGAUGGCUCCGACGAAUGCAGCUGCACCUGCGGCUGCGAAUGCCACGCGCCCCCAUCAACCGGGAUGCCGAUCCACAUUCUCUCAGACGUCUGUCACCGCAAAGGAUGGCACGAACCGGAGUAUUCAAUGACACAAUCUGUGAAUGGCUACCUAGCCACAGUAUCCCUGAGAAACACAUUACCCAGCGGUGAAAGCAUCGUGCUCCCAUUCGAGGCGCCGGGUAGUCUCCGCGCAGCGUUCACUGAUACAGAGGAGAUCGCGAAGAACAAUAUGGCGAUGUAUGUCCUCUUCUGCGUAGGUGAGCACAACUCGGACCUGCCGCGGGGAUGGCGCGGUUUGUGGAAGAGGGAAUUUGAGAAGAUCAAGGCGCGUGAUAUCAAGGAGGGGAGGGGGUGGAUGUAUUCGGGUGAUUUGUUUCGGGCGUAUAAGAGUUGGCAGGACUCGCUGUUAGCGAGUGAUUAG